GUAUUACGGGGGAAAAAAAGUGGGCACCAAGAGCAAAUCCAAUGUCCAAUGUAUUGUGGGCACCAAGAAUAAAUCCAACGUCCAAUAUAUUAGCACCAAGAAUGAAUCCAACGUCUAAUGUAUUAGUGGCAACAAGAAUCCAACGAAUUAAUCCAAUGUCCAAUGGAUUAUUAGUGGGCACAAAGAACAAACCUAACGUCCAAUGUAUUAGUUGGGCACUAAGAACAAACCCAACGUCCAAUAUAUUAGUGGGAACCAAGAAUAAAUCCAACGUCCAAUGUAUUAUUACACCAAGAACAAGCCUAACGUCCAAUAUAUUAGUGGGCACCAAGAAUGAAUUCAACGUCCAAUAUAUUAGUGGGCAACAAGAAUCCAACGUCCAAUGUAUUAUGAGCACAACGUCCAAUGUAUUAUUAGUGGGCACAAAGAACAAACCUAACGUCCAAUAUAUUA